AGGAUAACACUCCAAAACUCGAAAUAUCGUUUGCGGUUAGUUUACGAAAGAUAAUACGAGCGCACUCGCGUCUAUUCUAACUAGUUAGGAGCGAUUAGGAAUGGCGUAGCUAUGCCUACUUCAUUUUAAGUAUUAUUUUCGUACAUUAAAAAAAUAGCGAUGCUCUGUGUUAACGUGUGUUGCUAGUGCGUUAGUCGUGCAUCAAUACUUUGGAAAAUGAAGCGCAAGGUGCCUUAUCUGAAAUUGUUUUUCUUCACAGUACCUCGUCGCAGAGGCAUAGCAGCGCGCCUCGCGGUAUUAUCGCUGGUGCUAGCUGCUAUCGCGGCUGCGUGGUGUCUGGCCGACCUGACCAGCCAGGUCUUGCUGCCACCGCAGCCGAUACUGGCCCUCGACCACUACGCGAUCAACAGAAGCCUCAAAAGCUACCUCGAUAACAUAAGUGUCCUCAUCGAGCCUUCAAGCACGGUGUGCUCUGACAACAAGCGGGUGGAUGUGCUGGUGUUGGUGACGUCAUCACCGAAGAGGUUUGCCCAGCGGCAGGCCAUCAGGGACACGUGGGGCAAGUAUGUGCCUGCCUACUUUGUGCUGGGCUUGGAUGGACCUGCGGUGGAGGAUCUUACGGCAGACAAUUAUUUAGAAGCAAAGGCGUACGGUGACAUGAUAAUCUUCCAGUUCCUAGACCACUACCAGAACCUGACCCUGAAGUCUGCCCUGAUGAUGCAGUGGACUGCCGCAAGGUGUCCUUCACACCUGGACGAGCUCAUGCUGUUCAAGACCGAUGAUGAUGUUCUGGUCAACCCCUGGGUACUGAGACGAGUGGUCCAGCAGAAUUCUGGAAAGGAUCUUAUUGGGUACAGGAAGGUGAACAGCUACCUGCAUCGCGACGCGUACAACAAGUGGUACGUGCCGCGCUGGCUGCACCGACAUGACUUCGUGCCGGAAUACCUCUCGGGGACAGGCUACCUGAUAAAAGGUAGCAGAUUAGAAGAGAUUCUCCAGGCAGCGUUUGAAGUCCCCAUCAUCAAUUUAGAAGAUGUUUACUUCACGUACAUAGUGUCGAAGAUUAAGUUAAACUUAACUUUAACACAUGAUCGCAGAUUAAGUCCUUAUAAACCCUGGUUGCCCCUAGACUGUAUAUAUUGGGGAUUGGCUUCCACACAUAGUUUGACACCAAACGAAAUCUUGGGCGCAUGGCCAAGUAUUGAAAGGUUAGGGAAAAGAUAUGAACAUGGUUUUGAUAAUUGUCUAUAUUUUGUUAAUAAUAUUUGGACCGAAUUGUAUUUGUAUUGAUUUUUGACCAGGUAUUUAAUUGUAUUUGUUUGAUUUCUAACUACGGCCCUCAUAAGAAAGCUCGGAGUCACUCAGUGGGCGAUGGAGAGAGCUAUGCUUGGAGUAAUUUCUCUACGUGAUGAAAUCAGAUAUGAUGAGAACCGUAGGAGAGCCAGAGUAACUGACAUAGAUCAGUGUGUUGCGAAGCUGAAGUGGUAAUGGCCGAGGUACAUUGUUCGAAAAACAGAAAGACGAGUCGCAAGGAGCCGCUGAAUUCAGGCGGCGCAAGAUCGUGGCGUGUAAAAGCCCCUACAAGAGACAGCUACUUAUAUGAUACCUAUUAUAUACUUACUUACUGGAUUUACACUGAAAAUAAAGAUUAGGUACCUACUAUUAAUAUCAUAAUAUAGUUAUACAAAGUAGUUAUGACCAAGAAAAAUAAAUGACUCUUAUUAUAAUUUUGUGAUAACAUUAAAAAUGUUUAUUUUGUUUUUAAAGAGAAAAUAGUACAGAAUUGAUUGUGCCAAGACUGAUUAGAAUAAAUAUAAUUAUAUUUAAGAGUUUUAACACAUGUAAACUUAACACCAACACUCGAUUUAACCGUUUUCUAAUUCAGUAACAUCUUAUUUUAACCACACAUCCGACACUCCCAUAUAGACGAACUGAUUUAAUUAUUUACCUAUUACUCUAUUACCGGAACACCGGUCUGUCCAGAGUCCGCAAAAGCGAACUGAUUUAAUUAUCGAUUGCUACUACCGGGGCACCAGCCUGCCCGCACAUGAUUUGGGUGGAUGUGACUGACGGUGUAUCUGAGGUUUGAGCGAAGCUAACGAGCGGGACAAAGCAACAUCAGCUGUCAAGAUACGGAACUCUCCAUAUAUGAGUCCAAAACAUAAGUGGCCUAUUUAAUAAAUUUAAAAAGGUUGAUCCCUUAUAGUAAUACUAAUGAAGAAAUAUACAUAAGUGUUAAGUUUUAGUUAAGUA